AACGUGCUUUGUGACUCUCAGUGAGCUUUGAGCUGUGGCAACUGGCAACACCGCUUCAACCUAACAUUUUUCAAUUUUGUGAUCUUUCCAUAGUAAAUCGAAUAUUAUUUUCAUUUAAUCUUUUUAUCAAAUCGCCUUGUAUACAGAUUAAUACCUUAAUAUAUUAAUAGAUUAUUUGAAAUAACCCAUUAUUUUGAUAUUACCUUUGAAUAAGUUUUCACGCUGCCUAACCUCGAAUUGAAAAAUGGGUGACAGUUCCAAAGAUAUAGCUAAGAAGGAUCAAGUUGAUGAGGAAUUAUCCAACCUCCUAGACAGUGCUUUAGAAGAUUUUACCAAGACCAAUCCAGUAAAAAAAAAUGAGAAACUUGAAGAGACAGGGAAAGAAGUUGAACCUUCAAAUGGAGCUGUACCAGAAUGGUCCAACGACUUUAUUCAACAGGCCGCGAAGCAGUUUGAAGAAAAUUUUGCCAGUUUAAUGGCUGGAUCAAAUCCAAAUAUAACACCUCAACUUCUUGAAAAGAAAUUGCAACAAAUGGCAGAUGCAGCUCAUCAUGUACUUGAAAACCCUGCAGAAGUAUGCGACGCCUCGAGUGACUUUUCCGCCUCCAUAUCUCGUGCUGUUCAAGAUCUGAGUGCUGGUGCUGAGAGUUUACAAGCACCUUUGAAUGAGGAAGACUUCAUGAAAAUGUUCACUGGAGGUGGUUCUGGACAGGAAAAUGAUGUAUUACCUUUUAUGCAAGGAAUGAUGCAAGGAUUGUUAUCUAAAGAAGUACUAGGACCAAGUUUGGAAGAUUUUGUUCAAAAAUUGCCAGAAUACAUUGAAAACAACAAAGAAAAAUUAGACAAAAAAGAUGUCGAACGAUACGAAAACCAAAAAAAACUUAUGGAAGAAGUACUUGUUGAACUGAAUGAAGAAAAAGAAACUGAUAGUAAUGAUGUGAAAAAAGAAAGGUUCAUGAAAGUUUUGGGGCUCAUGCAAAAGCUUCAAGACUAUGGUCAACCUCCAUCAGAACUAGUGGGAGAUUUAGAAACACCAUUUGGUUUUGACCCUCAAGGAAAUCCUCUCAAUUCUGAAAAUAAUCCUGGAAGUAAUUCUGAAUGUAAUAUAAUGUAAAAAGGUUUUUUGUGUCCAAUUUUAGAAAGGUGUUAGAUAUUCUUUAAGUAAAUGUAAAACCUGAUGCUCUAAAUGUAAAACCUGAUGCUCAGUGUUAACACAUCUUUGUUCAAGGAACUGUUGGUAUAUGGUUUUUGUAGUCAUUUAUAGAUUUUGUUUGACAAUAUAUGUUGAUUAUUGUUUCUGUUGAAAAUAUUUAUCAUUAAUGUGUA